CCAGGAACGCCGGCCCCCAGGGGCUGGAGGCUGGGGCGGCCCUGAGGACGCGUGCGGGGCAGGUCACGCUUGGGCCUGGCUGCCUCAGGAGCCACCCUGCACGGCGCCGGGCGAGGCUGUGCGCGCCCUCCUGGACCCUCCACUUUGGGGCUUUGCGGUGUAGCGGCGCGCCCCACUCCCUCUCAUGUUCAGUCCCGAAUCACGUACGGGCCGCUGCAGCUCCAGGACGGCGGACGCCAGCGCUCUCGGAUCCCCAGGCCCCUCCGUGCUCAUCCCGGACCGCUCCGUCCCUGAGGAAAAACCGCCCCGUGCCCGGGACCGCGGCUUCUCCCACGCGGGGCAGGCCGGGGUUGUGAGGGGGCAGCCCGCCUGCGGACUAGGCCGGGGGUGUGAGGAGGCGGCUCUGCCGGGGACAAAGCCGGGGGCGUGAGGGGCGGUUCUGCCGGGUUCGGGGCGCGCGGGGCAGGUUGCGUGAAGAGGCGGAAAGUCCCACUCGCCCUCGGCUUCUCCCUGCCCGGCCGCCGGUGUCCCGCCCGCCGCCGCCCCGCGCAGCCCGGCCCGACCCGCGGCGAUGGCCCAGCUCGGGGACCCGCGGCGCCUCUGCAGGCUGGUGCAGGAGGGCCGGCUGCGCGCCCUGAAGGAGGAGCUGCAGGCGGCUGGGGGCUCCCCGGGGCCGGCCGGGGAUACCCUCCUGCACUGCGCCGCGCGCCACGGGCAUCGGGACGUGCUGGCCUAUCUGGCCGAGGCCUGGGGCAUGGACAUCGAGGCCACCAACCGAGACUACAAGCGGCCUCUGCACGAGGCGGCCUCCAUGGGCCACCGAGACUGCGUGCGCUACCUGCUGGGCCGGGGGGCAGCGGUCGACUGCCUGAAGAAGGCCGACUGGACUCCUCUGAUGAUGGCCUGCACAAGGAAGAACCUGGGGGUGAUCCAGGAGCUGGUGGAACAUGGCGCCAAUCCGCUCCUGAAGAACAAAGAUGGCUGGAACAGUUUCCACAUUGCCAGUCGAGAAGGCGACCCUCUGAUCCUCCAGUACCUGCUCACUGUUUGCCCAGGUGCCUGGAAGACAGAGAGCAAAAUUAGAAGGACUCCUCUGCAUACUGCAGCAAUGCAUGGCCAUUUGGAGGCAGUCAAGGUGCUUCUUAAGAGGUGCCAAUAUGAACCAGACUACAGAGACAACUGUGGCGUCACCGCCUUGAUGGACGCAAUCCAGUGUGGUCACAUCGACGUCGCUAGGCUGCUCCUCGAUGAACAUGGGGCUUGCCUUUCAGCAGAAGACAGCCUGGGUGCCCAGGCUCUGCACAGGGCAGCCGUCACAGGGCAGGACGAAGCCAUCCGAUUCUUGGUCUCUGAACUUGGCGUCGAUGUAGAUGUGAGAGCCACAUCAACCCACCUCACAGCACUUCAUUAUGCAGCUAAGGAAGGACAUACAAGUACAAUUCAGACUCUCUUAUCCUUGGGAGCUGACAUCAAUUCUAAAGAUGAAAAAAAUCGAUCAGCCCUGCAUCUGGCCUGUGCAGGUCAGCACUUGGCCUGUGCCAAGUUUCUCCUGCAGUCGGGACUGAAGGAUUCUGAAGACAUCACGGGCACCCUGGCUCAGCAGCUCCCAAGGAGAGCAGAUGUCCUUCAGGGCUCUGGCCAUAGCGCAAUGACAUAAGGAUGUUUCCAAGAGGAGGCAAUAAAGCGCAUGAGAUGCCUGCGUCAAUGCCUUCUAGGUCUGAAGAUGGUCCCGUUGUGCGGCUAUUUCACGUGUACAGGUGGGACUGAAAGAUCAGUCUGGGACUGCCCUCUUUCCCCUCAGCACACACAUGAGCAGCUUUGUGUUUGCAGCAGCUGCGUGGACGAUCAGCUUCCACUUGGCUUUGCUUCUGCCCUUACAAACCAGCUGAUGAUGAUGACACAGCAUGUUACACUGUUGUCCCCGGUUUUCCUAGAUUCCACGCACCUUUGUAAUAGAAACCGUGGUUACUGGAUGCCACUGCUGAAACUACUAAACACCCAGAGAUGGCAGUGAUUAUAAGAACAUUAAUCGUGGGCUGGGCGCGGUGGCUCAUGCCUGUAAUCCCAGCACUUUGGGAGGCUGAGGUGGGUGGAUCACCUGAGGUCAGGAGUUCAAGACCUGCCUGGCCAACAUGGUGAAACCCCGUUUCUUCUAAAAAUACAACAAUUAGCCCGGCGUGGUGGCAUGCGCCUAUAAUCCCAGCUACUUGGGAGGCUGAGGCAGGAGAAUCGCUUUAACUCCGGAGGCGGAGGUUGCAGUGAGCCGAGAUCGUGCCACUGUACUCCAGCCUGGGUGACAGAGCAAGACUCCAUCUCAAAACAAAACAAAAAAAUUAGCCUGGCAUGGUGGCAGGCGCCUGUAAUCCCAGUUACUUGAGAGGCUAAGGCAGGAGAAUCGCUUGAAUCUGGGAGGCAGAGGUUGCAGUGAGCCGAGAUUGCACUACUGCACUCCAGCCUGGGUGACAGAAUGAGACUCUGUCUCAAAAAAAAAAAAAAAAAAAAAACAUUAAUUGCAGCAAAGAGAGUAGCAAUAAUAGAAUAAUAACCAGAUGUUUCCAUGACAAUAAUAUAUGAAGAAUGCUCUGGCAAUGAUAACUAAUAUUUUUCUAUUACUCCCUAAUUAUAGUUACUUUACUCACCUCCUUUGGGUCUUUACCUACAAGCCACCUUCUCAGCGAGGCCUGCCCAGGCCACCCUAUCUAAAAUUGUGUCCUUUUCUUCAACAUUUGAUAUCUUCUUUCCCCAGUUUAUUUUUUCUUCUUAGCAUUUGCUAUUAGCAAAUGUACCAUAUAAUUUAUUUAUUUUGUUGAUUGUUUUUCUCCCCGACUGGUAUGCAGGCUCCUUGGACUGAUUUUUGUCAUUUAAAUUUAAAAUUAUUAUAUAGUUAAUGAAUGGGCGAUAAAAGCCCUUUAUGUGCAUUGAGCACUUAGUAAAUGCGAGAUAGUGUGCUAAGCCCUUACCUAGAUUGUCUCAUUUUGUCCUCUGACUCUGGCACCCUGCAGCCCCUUCUCAUUAUUAUUCCCUCUGGAGCAUCUUUUCCCAUACACACUUUCAUGAAGAGUCUCUACUUGAUACCCUCAGCUCAUAGGCACCUCCCACCCCCCGCAGUCUGGCGUCAUUGUUGCUGCUCUGUGCAGACUCUUCCUUUCAGAUACCAGUGACGUCCUGCUUGCCAUUUCAAGUGAUGUACUUUUAGCCCUUAGAUUACUGACCCUUUCAGUUCACUUACUGAUCACUACCCCUUCUGGACUCUUGCCACAUGCAAUAAUGCACUCCUGGGUUUUUCUUUCUGCCUUUUCCUUCUCUGCCUCUGCACUCCUCUGUCAGGCCGGCCCUCCGUGCUCAUGCGUACCAGCUUCUGUCUCCAGCAUCUCUGUCAUUCUGGGUUUUCUCCUGAAGCGUCGUCCGUGCCUCGGGUUUCAGCUACACCCUAAUGUCAGUAACACUCAGAUGUCUCUCUAGCCCUUACUUUCCACUGCCUGCUUACGUUUCUGCAUGGAUGUUCUGAGGCCAUCUCACAUUCAGUUUAUUCAAAACCCAGCCUUCCCCACAACCCACUGACAUACAGGCCUGCAUUCCUGCCUUGGUUGGUGGCAUCACAGCUCACCCAACCCGUGUUGGAAAGCUGGGGGUCAGUCAUGACUCCUCCCUCUUCAGGAGUCCCUGCAGAGGACAGCUGCUGGGCGGCUCUCUAAUCUGCCUGUUCCACACCAUCCCUACUGCGACUCCUGCCCAAGCUCUCUCACUCUCCUCCUAGAGAGUGGCAGCCAUGUCUUAAAUACACCUCUCCAAGUCCUCAAAUCCACCCUCCACAUGGCUGCCAGGGCGUUCUCACUAAUGUGACCAAGGGCAUUGAUUGCCAAUUGUGGCUUAACCUGCCUCCCAGAGCACGUACUACACUUGCCAGGAUUUCUGAUUGCCUCAACUAACACCCACUUCCACCAGGGCUGUCAGCUUGUCCUAAAAGCACACCCGCUCCCAUGGUGAGUGUGUGUUACUAAGCUCAAUCAAAGCAGAACUCUUGGCCAGGCGCGGUGGCUUACACCUGUAGUCCCAGUAUUAUGGGAGGCCGAGGCAGGCAGAUCACAAGGUCAGGAGAUCGAGACCAUCCUGGCCAACAUGGUGAAAUCCCGUCUUUACUAAAAAUACAAAAAUUAGCCAGGCGUGGUGGCACUCGCCUGUAAUCCCAGCUACUUGGGAGGCUGAGGCAGGAGAAUCGCUGGAACCCGGGAGUUGGAGGUUGCAGUGAACCGAGAUCACCACUGCACUCCAGCCUGGCAACAGAGCGAGACGCCGUCUCAAAAAAAAAAAAAGCAGAAGUCGCUGAAAAGAGAUGCAAAGAGGUAAAAAUUGUAAUGACCUGAAAAUAGCGAGGACCUAACAUAUAUUACCAAAAAAACUUACACGAGAAAAUACACAAGACAAGAGGGAAAGGAUCACAAAAUGGAAACGAGAUGGCAAAAGUCAGGCUAAAGAAGCUGGAGGGAACUAUAGGGAGGGUGCUCAGACAGUGAGAAGAGGGAGGAGCAAGCACUGAAUUUAAUUUAACCCGGGACGUUGCUAGAAUCCACCAGCAGGUGGCAGACCAGAAAAAUGUCCCUUUUAAUCUCCCAGACUUUUGUUUGUAAGGCCUAUUGUAAAAUACAGAAGAUAGUAAAGGAGAAAACAAAAAUAAUCUAUAGUUCCACCACCCAGAUGGAACCACUCUUAUUUUCCCUUAGUCUUUAAAAAUGCAUAUAGGGCUGAGCACGGUGGCCCCUACCUAUAAUCCCAGCACUUUGGGAGGCUGAGGCGGGCAGAUCACUUGAGGUCAGGAGUUCGAGACUAGCCUGGCUAAUAUGGUGAAACCCCAUCUCUGCUAAACAUAACAAAAAUUGUCCAGGCGUGCUGGGGACGGUGGCUCAUGCCUGUUAUCCCAGCACUUUGGGAGGCCGAGGCGGGCGGAUCAUGAUGUCUGGAGAUCGAGACCAUCCUGGCUAACACAGUGAAACCCUGUCUGUACUAAAAAUACAAAAAAGUUAGCUGGGCAUGGUGGCAUGCGACUGUAGUUCCAGCUACUUGGGAGGCUGAGGCAGGAGAAUUGCUUAAACCCGGGAGGCGGAGGUUGCAGUGAGCUGAGAUCAUGUCACUGCACUCCAGCCUGGGCGACAGAGCAAGACUCUGUCUCAGAAAAAAAAAAAAAAAAAAAAGAUUAGCCAGGUGUGGUGGGGCACACCUGUAGUCCCAGCUGCUUGGAAGGCUGAGGCAUAGAAUCGCUUGAACCCAGGAGGCAGAGGCUGCAGUGAGCCGAGAUCACGCCACUGCACUCCAGCCUGGGUGACAGAGUGAGACUCCCUCUCAAGAAAUAAAAAAUAAAAUGCAGGGCCGGGCGCGGUGGCUCAUGCCUGUAAUGCCAGCACUUUGGGAGGCCAAGGGGGGCAGAUCACGAGGUCAGGAAAUUAAGACCAUCUUGGCUAACACGGUGAAAUCCCGUCUCUACUAAAAAUACAAAAAAUUAGCCGGGUGUGGUGGCGGGCGCCUGUAGUCCCAGCUACUCGAGAGGCUGAGGCAGGAGAAUGGCGUGAAUCCAGGAGGUGGAGCUUGCAGUGAGCUGAGAUCGCGCCACUGCACUCCAGCCUGGGCAACAGAGUGAGAUUCCAUCUCAAAAAAAAUACCUACAUAAAAAAUAAAAUGCAUACGGUUGAGCUGAUGCUGCACAUGCAGUUUUUCCCUUAACUUUGUUUAUUUAUUUAUUUUGGAGACAGUCUUGCUGUGUCACCCAGGCGGGGGUACAGUGGCGCAAUCUCGGCUCACUGCAGCCUGCACCUCCUGGGUUCAAGCAAUUCUCAUACCUCAGCCUCCUGAGUAGCUGGGAUUACGGGCGCCCUCCACCAUGCCUGGCUAAUUUUUGUAUUUUUAGUAGAGACAGGGUUUCACCAUGUUGGCCAGGCUGGUCUCAAACUCCUGACCUCGAGUGAUGCGCCCGCCUCAGCCUCCCAAAGUGCUAGGUUUACAGGUGUGAGCCACCACACUUGGCCUUCUAACUUUAUUUUACAAGCAAAUCCUAAUGCUCUUUAAAACUUUGUGAAUGUCGUGUUUCAUGGCCGUCUUAUGCUCCAUCGUAUUACUGUCCAUAUUGAGUCUUGUGUGUUGCCUCUUUCAUUGGUUUCCGUUUUCUUUUUAAGAUGUAGACAGAGUAAUCUCUGUCAAAUUCAACUGGAGGCAAGGGCGGCAGGUUGGGGACAGAAACGGCUGUUGGAUUUGAUCACUGGAAGUUGGGCCGUGCGAGUGGGUGGGAGAUAUGGGCUGCACAGGGGCCUGAGCAACUCUCUGCACCCUUGGCUGCGUUGUGUGGUGAAGGAAAGGAAAGAAGAAAGCAGUUUGACAGGACAGUAGUUUUCUCCGAGAGGGUGAGUGAGGGGAUGAGCAUGUGGCAUGUUUACAGACUGGGAAAGGAGCCCACAGAGGGAGGAAGCCAGCAGUGAGGGAGUGAGGGCGCUGUGGGAUAAGGCUCUUCAGAAGGUGUGGGAAGUAGGCUUAGAAGCCCUUGGGGAGCUCAGCUCCAGAUGCAGAGGGAGAGUUUCCUUCUCAGGGGCAUGAAGGAAAGAAGAAGGGCAAGAAGGAAGAAAACUUCAGGGCAGAGCCCACGUGGGCGCCUCAUUCAAUGCCAGUAUCUAGGAGGGUGGGGGAUUUGUGGAGCACGUUUGUUACGUUUCCUACAAGAAUGGAUAAUAAUGUGGACUUACAUUUGGCAGUUUUUACACUUUUUUAAAUUACACUCUUUCAGUUGGAAAGAGUGAUGUGGUGUGAUAUUUAUUUAUUUAUUUAUUUAUUUAUUUGAGUUGGAGUCUAGCUCUGUCGCCCAGGCUAGAGUGCAAUGGCUCAAUCUCGGCUCACAGCAACCUUUGCCUCCCGGGUUCAAGCGAUUCUCCUGCCUCAGCCUCCUGAGUAGCUGGGAUUACAGGCGUGCGCCUCCACACCUGGCUAAUUUUUCUAUUUUUAGUAGAGACAGGGUUUCUCCAUGUUGAUCAGGCUGGUCUCGAACUCCCAACCUCAGGUGAUCCGCCCACCUUGGCCUCCCAAAGUGCUGGGAUUACAGGCGUGAACCACCAAGCCUGGCUGCGUGACAUGAUUUUUACUGAGAAGGAAACAAGGUGGGAGUGAGGGCUGGCCUCUGCCAAUCGUGGUGACGACAGGGACUUGAUUGGCCUGUGUGAUUAACCCACCCUGCGGCAUUUGCAGAACCUGCCUCCUCCUACCAUGCUGAAAAUGUGAUUGACUUGAUACUGAGGACGGGCCUGGGCGCUCCUGGGAAAGCACGGGGAGUGGAUGCAUUUAUCGGCCCAUGCUCUGUGCAGCUUCUGGCCUGAGCACAGCAACAGGAGGGUUCUGCAGGCAUUUCAACCAACAUGACACCUCUCCUGGCUUCACCACAGGUGAACCAGGUCUCUUGUUACUCUUCCUACUCUGGAAGGCCCAACGCAUCCUGAAGGGGAGUGACACCCUGGGGGUAAUUGAAACAACAUUUUAAAAAUAGCAAUGGCCAGGCACGUGGCUCACGCCUGUAAUCCCAACACUUUGGGAGGCCAAGGCAGGCAGAUGGCUUGAGACCAGCCUGGACAACAUGGUGAGACCCUGCCUCUACAAAAAAUACAAAAAAUUAGCUGGACAUGGUGUGCCUGUAGUCCCAGCUACCAAGGAAGCUGAGGUGGGAGAAUUGCUUGAGCCCAGGAGGUCAAGGCUGCAGUGAGCUAUGAUUGCACUUCUGUAUUCCAGCCUGGGUGACAGAGCAAAACCCUGUUUCAAAAAAAAAAAAAAAAAAAAGCAGUAGGGAGGGAAUGAGGACUGGCUGGUGCCCGGGCAGAGUCGCAGGGAAGAGAGGCCAAGAGCCAAAGCUGACCUCACUGUGUGGGUGCACUGGGGGCCCCUGCGAAGCUGACCUCACUGCGCGGGUGCACUGGGGGCCCCUGCGAAGCUGACCUCACUGCGCGGGUGCACUCGGGGCCCCUGCGAAGCUGACCUCACUGCGCGGGUGCACUGGGGGCCCCUGCGAAGCUGACCUCACUGCGCGGGUGCACUGGGGGCCCCUGCGAAGCUGACCUCACUGCGCGGGUGCACUCGGGGCCCCUGCGAAGCUGACCUCACUGCGCGGGUGCACUGGGGGCCUCCAUGAAGGGGUCGGUGAGGAGCUGGACAAAGAUCAGAGCAGGUUUGAGAGAGAAUGGGAAGGCAGAACCUGGAGCUUGCAAAUGAAGCAGUGGAGAGGGAUGUGGAUCGAUGUUUUGGUUUUUUUAAUGGAGCAGAUUACAGUUUACAGAUUGCUGAGAGAAUGGUCCAACAGAAAGUGAGGAGGAGGAAUGAGUCUAAUGUCUGUACGAAGCAACUAGAGUCUUGUUAAAAUGCAGAUUCCUUCAAACCCAGGGAUCCUGAAAAAAAGAAAAAUGCAGAUUCUCAGAGGGAGAGAGUCCAGGGGUGCGGGGGCCAGUCAAAAAAACUACCUACUGGAUACCAUGCUGAGUGAUGCGAUCCUUACUGCAGACCUCAGCAUCACGCGAUAUACCCAGGUAACAAACCUGCACAUGUACCCUCUGUAUUUAAAAUAAAAGUUGAAAUUAGAAACUAUUAAAGAUGCAGAUUCCCACCCACCCAGCCCUCCCCCCAGCAACCCCCAGCUGCUUCCAGCUAGUUCCCAGGGGCGGCCAUGGCUGCUGCAUUGAGUAGCUUCUUGUGCAUGAGGAGAAAUACUCGCGUUCACCCUGCCGGUUCCUCCGCAGCCUCAAGAGGGAAAGCUGAGCAGAAGGGUGCUGAGCAGGAGCUGGGGCCCUUGGUGCUGGGAGACACCAAGCUGUCUUCUAGGUGCUUCGACUUCUCAGUGAAAUAGGAAAGCAGGUGAUCAGCUGAGAGUGAGGAUGUGGUAUGGGAGGUCUGACGAGUUAGGGAAGGGUGAAAUAGUCCAUUAGGGGAGCAAAGGCCUGGGCAGUGCUUCUCAGGCCCCCACCUUGCUGGACACAGGUGGCUGGGCAGCCCCAGAGAGCUGGGCCUGUAGGUCCAGGGUGGAGUCUAGGAAUUUGCAUUUCCUUUGUUCUUUUCCUUUUUGUAAUGGUUUUACUGAGGUAUAAUUGGUACACAAAGCUGCACAUCCUUGAUAUAUACAGUUUGAUUAAUUCAGACAUAUUUGUGCUCCCAGGAAACUAUCACCACGGCCAAGGCAAUAAACACAUCCCUCGCCUCCAAAAGCAGGGUAUCUAAUCUUUUGGCUCCCUUGGGCCACAUUGGAAGAAGAAUGAUUGUCUUGGGCCACACAUAAACUACACUAUCACUAAAGAUAGCUGAUGAGCUUUAAAAAAAUAAAAAUCGCAAAACAUCUCAAUGUUUUAAGAAAAUUUACAAAUUUGUGUUGGGCCACAUUCAAAGCCACCUGGGCCACAGGUUGGACAAACUUGUCCAAAAGUUUCUUCCCACACCUUUGCUUUCUUUGUCUUUUUGUGGUAUUGUGUCCAGAAUUUAUUCCUUCUGGUGGGUUCUUGGUCUUGCUGACUUCAAGAAUGAAGCCACAGACCUUGCGGUGAGUGUUAUGAUCUUAAAGAUGGCACGUCCAGAGUUGUUUGUUCCUCCUGGUGGGUUCGUGGUCUUGCUGACUUAAGGAAUGAAGCCGCAGACCCUCGCAGUGAAUGUUACAGCUCUUAAGGGUGGCGUGGGCCCAAAGAGUGAGUAGCAGCAAGAUUUGUUAUGAAGAGCAAAAGAACAAAGCUUCCACAGUGUGGAAGGGGACCCAAGUGGGUUGCCGCUGCUGGCUGGGGGUGGCCAGCUUUUAUUCCCUUAUUUGUCCCCACCCACAUCCUGCUGAUUGGUCCAUUUUACAGAGUGCUGAUUGGUGUGUUUACAAUCCUUUAGCUAGACACAGAGCGCUGAUUGGUGCAUUUUUAUAGAGUGCUGAUUGGUGCAUUUACAGUCCUUUAGCUAGACAGAAAAGUUCUCCAAGUCCCUACUUGAUCCAGGAAAUCCAGAUGGCUUUACCUCUCAACCCACCCUCUAAACGGAACACCCCAACUGCUACUGGGAAUUGGGUGAUGACCAUUCUAGCUACUUCCUGCUGGAUAGGGGCAAAGAAGGGUCCCUGCAGUUGUAGUGUCCUCUAGAGGGGAACUCUUUAGGCCAGUCAAAGGGCCAGCAGGUUGGUCCAGGGGUCCUCAGUAGAAGUUGUUAGUUGAGCUCAUUUGGGGUUCCAUUUGUAAAACCAUCUGUAGCUUGAUGGCCUCGAUCCUAGAGGAAACAAAUUUGACAAAGAGGUUAAAAAUACAGGGCCCAAAGGUGAGUAAUAGAAAGAUGGAUGUCAUGGGACCUAGAAAGGGGAGAAGUCAUGUCACCCAACUCCAGAGGUUGGUAUAAGAGUUUGAAAGGCGUUGUCUGAUUUCAGAAGCCUUUUCCUGUAAACGCCAGGCGGCAUCUUGUACUAUCCCUGACUGGUUAGUGUAAAAGCAACACUCUUCCCCUAGGUUAGUGUAAAAGCAACACUCUUCCCCUAAGAAGGUGCAAAGUCCUCCUUUCUCAGCAGUGAGGAGGUCCAAGCCUCGGCAGUUUUGGAGAGUCGCUGCUGCCAAAGAGUCUAUUUGGGAUUGUAGUUACUAUCCUUACUGGAUAGAUUUUAUUUCUUGCAAGCUGUCUGAGAAAUCCUUUGAGAGUGUGUGGUAGUAGGAUAAUGAAGUAGAUAAACUGGCUAUUCCGGUUCCUGUAGCAGUGGCCAUUCCUAACCCUAUAAGUAGGGGUAUUAGUGUAUGGCUCUGCACUGAUGGACUUGAGCUUUGAGGGGCGCUGAUAGGGUCUGAUUUCCAUAAGAUUAGAGGUUAGGAUAAUACAUGUUACACUGUUAAGUUUUAGCAAACUUUACUUUUGUUGAAAACCUUAUAAGUUUGGGAUUUUAAUUUUUCUUUGCUAUUAAUAAAACCUCGUUCAGUCCAUAUUAUCUUAGAAAUGGUAUAGAUGGCUUCUUCCUGAUUCUGUAAGUACUUUAAAGUUUGGCUGAGUGCAAACAGCUGGCAGGUUUGAGCAGACCAAUUAUUAGGCAAUUUUCCUAACUCUGUUUCUUCAAGAGUUUCCUUAUCACUUACUGAAUACCCAUUGUGUCUUUUUUCCUUAAUCUCCGGGGAGGAACCAUCUAUGGUCCUGUCCUGAAGGAGUUCUUCCUAGGUCUGGUUGGACCUUUGUAUGGUAAUUAGUGAAGAUUUAGAUCCCCUGUUAGGAAACCUGCUGGGUUAAGGAUUUUUGAUAGGAAGGCUAUGGGUUGUCAGUGGCCUCAGUACUUUCAGGCUACGCCCUUGCUUACACUGAUAAAAGGGUGGUAUUGGAGUGUUAUAGGGUAACAGAGAAGACCUUCAAUUAUCAAUUAUAGGUUUUAAAUUUACCCUGGCUUUUAAAGGAAUAGGGUACACUGUUUUUUCUUUACUAUUUCCAUCUCUCUUUCUUUCUCUUUGACUUCUUCUUUGUCUUUCUCUCUCCUUCUGACUCCCUCUUUGUCUCUCCCUCUCUUUCUUUGACUUUCUGUUUCUCUCUCUCUGACUCUUCUUUGUCUGUCUCUUCCUCUCUCUCCUUCUCUCUUUGACUUUCGGCCUCUCUGUCUCUUCCUCUCUCUGUCUCCCUCUUUGACUCCUUUGUCUCUGUCUCUUCCUCUCUUUCUCUCUGUCUGUCUCUUUCUCUCCUUCCUUUCUGCUGGUCUUUCCCUGCCUCUGCCAGCCACUUAUGCUGCUGUUCUCCCCUCUCCUUCCCCUUUUUGAUGGCUUCGGCAGUGUAAGACUGCCACCUCCUUGGGUUUUUGCACUGCGUGCAAUAACUCCAUGAUUUCCUUGUGAUAUUUAAUGUGGUUCCCCAGAGGUUAGGAACCCCCUUUCUUUCCAUAUUGCAGCAUGGGCAUGUAGGAUUAGAUAAGCAUACUUGCUAUCUGUAUACACAUUUAUUCUCCUUUCCUUUCCCAGUUCUAAGGCUCGGGUAAGUGCCACUAGUUCUGCUAACUGGGCGCUGGUCCCUGGGGGAAGAGACUUACUUUCAAGUACUGUUACAUCACUAACAAUGGCAUAACCUGCCCUUCGUAUCCAAUUCUCCACCACAAAUGAACUUUCAUCAGUAUAUAGAUUAAGGUCAGGAUUAACUAAGGGGACUUCUAAGAGUUCAUCUCGGGCAGCAUAAGUCUGGACUCUAACUUGUUGGCAGUCAUGCUCGAUUGGUUCCCCAUCCUCUGGGAGAAAAGUGGCAGGGUUGAGGGCCGCACACAUACGUAUUUGAAGCACUGGUCCCUCAAGGAGUAGUGCCUGGUAUCUAGGUAGGCGGUUGUCUGAUAGCCAUAACUUCCUUUGGCACCUAUUAUGCCAUUUACAUCAUGAGUAGUCCAGACAGUGAGAUCCUUUCCUUGUAUUAUUUUGAUAGCCUCUAACACUGAGACGGCCACCGCUGCAACUACCCAUAAACAGUGAGGCCAGCCUUUUGCUACUAUAUCAAUUUCCUUACUUAGGUAUGCCACUGGUUGUGGGGUUGUCCCAUGAGUCUGAGUAAGGACCCCAAGAGCUAUUUCUGCUCUCUCUGUGAUGUAUAAAGAGAAGUUUUGUCCUGUGGGAAGGCUUAAGGCUGGAGCUUGAGUUUGUUCCUUCCAAUGCCCAGACUUCAGGGUUGAUUCCCUCCUCAAGCAGGGGACAACAAAUCAGUAACUUGUUCCCCAUAUUCAUGUAGAUAAUAGCUCUAGCCUUGGCUAAUAUGUCCCUCCCUAAUAAGGGUGUGGAACUUUCAGGCAUAACAAGAAAGUCAUGUGAAAAGAGCAAAGCAUCCGAAUUACAACUGAGGAGGUGGGAGAAAUACUUGGUUAUAGGCUGUCCCAGGAUUCCUUGGAUGGUAACAGACCUUAAGGACAGCUGUCUGGGACAGGAGAUUAACACUGAGCCUCAGAUGGUAACAGACCUCAAGGACAGCUGUCUGGGACAGGAGAUUAACACUGAGAAAGCCAUGCCACUGUCCAGGAGGAAGUCGAUUUCCUGGCCCUCAAUAGUUAAACAUACCUGGGGCUCAGUGAGGGUGAUGACAUGAGCUGGUGCUUGCCCUGGGAACCCUUGGUCCUGUUGUUGGAUCAUCUGGUUGGGGGCUUCUGGCCCAGAGAACCUUUGUCCUCUGGGGCAGUGCACCUUCCAGUGAUUGCCUCGGCAUAGUGGACAUGGGCGAGGGGGCAGCUUGUUUCUUGUUGGACAGUCUUUUUUAAGGUGUCCUUGCAAACCACACUGGUAACAAGCCCUACCAGGUGAUUGGCCUGCUCCAUUUUCUGUGCUCUCUGAACCACCAAGGUUGGUUUGUCUGAGGGCCAUGACUAAGGCUGCAGCCUUUCUCUGAUCUAAUGUUUCCUUUUCAGCCUGUUCCUCUUGGUCCUUAUCAUAGAACACUGAGGUUGCCAGGUUUAAUAAUGCCUCCAGAUUUUGUUCAGGGCCCAGGGCUCGCUUUUGGAGCUUUCUCCUGAUAUCUGUGGCUGAUUGGAUAAUAAACUUACCUUUUAGGAUCAAUUGACCCUCGAGUGAGUCGGGCAACAGGGGAGUAUAUUUUCUUAAGGCCUCCCGUAGCCGCUCGAGGAAGGCAGAAGGAUUUUCUUCCUUUCCCUGAGUUAUGGUGGACAUCAUCAAAUAAUUCACAGGCUUUUUCCUAAUUCUCCUUUGUCCUUCUAGAACACAGAUCAGCAGAUGUUUACAACUCCAGUACCCAUGGCCUGAGUCGAGGUCCCACUGGAGAUCCAUAAUGGGGACGGCUUGCUGACCAGUAGGGAAUUUGUCCCUUUCUUCGGCUGUCAUUCUAUCAUUUACUUGACUAAGAUUCCAGGUAUCUCCAAACUCUCGGGCUGCAGCUAAAGCCGCAUUCUUUUCAUUAAAGGCCAGGGUGUGAUCUAGCAAUAGCAUGACAUCUCUCCAGGUGAGAUCGAAAGUUUGCCCUGGACCCUGUAGGACAUCUAUAUACCUAUCAGGAUAUAUCUGAAAACUUACCCAGGUCUACCUUGAUCUGCUUUAAAUCAGAGAAGGAGAAGGGGACAUGUACCCGGGUUGGGCCAAGUUCCCCUCCCCAUACAGCUUGAAAAGGACAUAACCGAUAGCAGGGGUGGGGGGGAGGUUGUGGUCCCUUGGAGAUUUCUUUGCUUGUUUCCUUCUGGGCAGGGGAGGUUAGAGGAGGCUUAUCAUUAAUAGGAAGGGGCUAUAGGGAGGCUAGGAUCUGGGGGUAAGCUGAGAGGUCCUCUUGUGGGAUGUAAAUUGUAAGCUUUGCAUAGUUGUGGAUUCUCCUUAAAAGAAAGCUUGGACAUAAGGUAUUUCACUCCAUUUGCCUUCUCCCUUACAGAAAAGGUCAAGCUGCAGGAUAGUAUUGUAAUUUAUACUUCCCUCAGGUGGCCAUUUUUCCCCAUCAGAGAGAGAAUAUUGGGGCCAGGCUGUAGUGCAGGAAAAAAUGAGCCACCUCUUUUUCAGGGUUUGUGGGUCAAAUUGGUCCCAAUGGCUUAGAUGCAUUUCAAGGGUGAGCCUGUUGAUGCCUGAGUGUUUCCCAUCUGGGUCGCCAAAAUGUGUCCAGACUUUAUUCCUUCUGGUGCGUUCUUCGUCUCACUGACUUCAACAAUGAAGCCGCGGACCUCGCAGUGAGUGUUACAGUCUUAAAGAUGGUGCGUCCAGAGUUGUUUGUUCUUCCCAGUGGGUUUGUGGUCUUGCUGACUUCAGGAAUGAAGCCGCAGACCCUCACGGUGAGUGUUACGGCUCUUAAAGUUGGUGUGGACCCAAAGAAUGAGCAGCAGCAAGAUUUAUUAUGAAGAGCAAAAGAACAAAGCUUCCACAGUGUGGAAGGCGACCCAAGUGGGUUGCUGCUGCUGGCAGGGGGUGGCCAGCUUUUAUUCCCUUAUUUGUCCCCGCCCACGUCCUGCUGAUUGGUCCAUUUUACAGAGUGCUGAUUGGUCCACUUUACAGCGUGCUGAUUGGUAUGUUUACAAUCCUUUAGCUAGACACAGAGCGCUGAUUGGUACAUUUUUACAGAGUGCUGAUUGGUGCAUUUACAAUCCUUUAGCUACACAGAAAAGUUCUCCAAGUCCCCAUUUGACCCAGGAAGUCCAGCUGGCUUCACCUCUCAGUAUGAACCUUUAAUAUGAGCUCUGCCCUCUAACUUUGUGAGCGUACAGCACAGUAACAUUCACCUCAGGCCCGGUGCUGCCCACCCAUCUGGAGGACUGAUUCUUCUGGCACAGGGGAAACUUGAUCUGAAUUGAGGGCAGCUCCCCCUUCCCUCUCGUGUGGGAUCUGCAUGUCUCCCAAGUUCCACAGUAAUGCUGGUGUGGACACUGCGUUGGGGAGGCCUCGUGUUGAAAGCCCAUGGAGUCAGGGACGUGGCAGGAUCACUGGCUGUAUAGCGGCAGCUGAGGGUCCCUGUCCUGCAGUUUUCUCCAUCACAGUCAGCUGCUCCGGGACAGUAGGUGGAAAGUCAGAAUUCACUAAGAUGGGGACUUUUCCAGGCAAACAAAGCAGAAGGGUCAUUUAGCACAGUGUCUGGUACAGGGGAAAUGCCCAAAACACACAGCUUGUUACUAUCUAGCGCCAGCCUCCCCUUCCCUUCUUCCUUCCAACUGCGCAUGGGACUCUCCCUCUCUGACUGUGCAGCAUGUAGAGCCAGGCCCUGUGGCCAGCAGCCCUGAGUCCAGCUGUGGGACCUUGUGCUAGCUGCUUGCCCUCUCUGAGCUUCUGUUUCAUCUGUAAACUGAGAUGAUAAUAACUCUUUCUUCACAGAGUUGCUGGGAGCCUGAGCACCUUUCGUUUUUCGGCUCAGAGAAAGCCAAGUGCAACUUGCUUCAGUCAUCCUGAACCUGAGUUCAACCAACCGCAGCCACCUACGUUUGACCCCAGCGAGAUCAAAGUUGUAUAUCUGAGGUGUACCAGUGGUGAAGUCAGUGCCACAUCUGCACUGGCCCCCAAGGUCAGCUCCCUGGGUCUGUCUCCAAAAAUGGUUGCUGAUGACAUCACCAACCAUUGACUGGAAGAGUCUGAGGAUGAUAGUGAAACUGACCAGCCACAGCAGACAGGCCCAGAUUGAGGUGGUGCCUUCUGCCUCUGCCCUGAUCGUCACAACCCUCAGGAACCACCGACAGAAAGAAAGAAACACAAAAACAUGAAACACAGUGGAAGCACCACUUCUGAUGAGAUUGUCAACAUUGCCUAACAGAUGCAGCAGCAGUCUUUAGCCAGAGAACUCUCUGGAACCAUUAAAGAAUUCCUGGGGGCCGGUUGCGGUGGCUCAUGCCUGUAAUCCCAGCACUUUGGGAGGCCGAGGCGGGAGGAUCACGAGGUCAGGAGAUCGAGACCAUCCUGACUAACAUGGUGAAACCCCGUCUCUUACUAAAAAUACAAAAAAAUUAGCCAGGCAUGGUGGUGGGCGCCUGUAGUCCCAGCUACUCAGGAGGCUGAGGCAGGAGAAUGCUGUGAACCCUGGAGGCAGAGCUUGCAGUGAGCCGAAUAUGUGCCACUGCACUCCAGCCUGGGCAACAGAGCGAGACUCCGUCUCAAAAAAAAAAAAAAAAAGAAUUCCUGGGGCCUGCCCAGUCUGUGAGCUGCCAUGUUGAUAGUAUCACAGAUGAUACCAACAGUGAAGCUGUGGAAUGCCCAGCUAGUUAAAGAAUGCAAAGGAAAAUAUUUUCACAAAGCGUUAUCUGAUAACCAAAAAAAAAAAAAGACAUUUCAUCUAAGCCACUUAACACCGUGUCUCACAUGUAGUAAAUAAUAAAUGUCAAUGAUUCUCAAAGAACCCAGGAAUAGAAAAAGCAUUUAAUAAAAAUUAGCUCUUGGCAUAAUCUCUUCAUCCACGCCCAGCAGAGUCGUCAGAUGUCUUCCAGGUCCACAAGAAUUAAUUUCUCUGCCCGUGUUACUGCUUUGCACUUUGUAGCAAUUAUCCCAUGGUUCGCCUUAUGUUAGAACUAUUUAUAUAAGUGGUAGUCAAGGCCACUGAGUCAUGCAUCCCUGGAGGUCAGUUACUAUUUCUUUUUAUGAGACAGAGUCACUCUGUCGCCCAGGCUGGAGUGCAGUGGUACGAUCUCGGCUCACUGCAACCUCCGCCCCCUGGGUUCAAGUGAUUUUUCUGCCUCAGCCUCCCAAGUAGCUGGGAUUACAGGCUCCCACCACCGUGCGCGGCUAAUUUUUGUAUUUUUAGUAGAGACAGGGUUUCAUCAUGUUGGCCAGGCUGGUCUCAAACUCCUGACCUCAGGUGAUCCAACCGUCUCAGCCUCCCAAAGUGCUGGGAUUACAGGCGUGAGCCACCGCACCCCGCCUGGGUCAGUUACUAUAUCUUACGCACCUUACAAACCCCAGAAGGCUGCACACAGCUCCUGCACAUGGUAUGCCUUCAAGGAAUUACCCAUGGAUUUGAAUAAGGUUAUAUAUGAUGUGACACUCAUGCGCUUUAUUUCAUUUUUAAUAAGUUUAUAUUCUAAAAUAUUUGCUUCUGGGGAAAAAUAAUUCAGACAGUACAAAUAAAGAUUAUUCCAAAUAGGA